CUCUCUCUCUCCCUCUCAGUCUACCAAGAAAAACCUGGGGCUCUCAAAUUUCACAAACAGAAACCAGACCUUCUAAAACUUUCAUUGUUCGCCAGACUUGGCUUCAAGCUCAACUGUUCUUGCACGUAAGCUUUGUUUAGUGUUUUGCAAUGGCUACUACUACUAUAUGCACUACUGGGUUUAAGGGAGGUUUAGCUUCAUCGUUCCAUGGAAGCUGGGGAAGUUCAGUGAGCGGUGAAGAUUAUCCCAUGCUGGUUAAGUCAGUGCCGAAUGUUCGAAUGGCAAAGCCAAUUAAAUCAGCGCCUGUGAUGAAGAAUGUUAAUGAAGGGAAAGGUGUGUUUGCUCCUCUUGUUGUUGUCACUCGUCAAAUUAUUGGCAAGAAGCGGUUCAAUCAGCUUAGAGGCAAAGCAAUCGCUUUGCAUUCUCAGGUGAUUACAGAAUUUUGCAAAUCAAUAGGAGCUGAUGCAAAACAAAGGCAAGGACUGAUUCGUUUGGCCAAAAAAAACGGAGAGAGACUUGGCUUCCUUGCAUGAAAUAUGCUUUUCAAUUUAUACUUCAUUUCAAAAGCUGCCUGUUUACAUGUAAACAUACUUAUUCUCUUCUAAAGUAAUUUCCUAGAAACUGAAUGUACGUAGAGUAGCUCUUAUUAUGCUCUUUCUUUAUCCCUUCAGUUAAAAGGGUUUCUUUAUUAGAUUAUUAUUGAAAUAACAAUAAAAAAAAUUUACAUA